AGGUUGCAAAUUUUCUUCUACAGGCUAUAAAAGAGUGGGUUUCCCAGGUAAAAGUCACGGACAUACAAAUGGACCGCACAUACAAAAUGCACCUGGGCGUGCUGUGGCUGGCGGUGUUGGCCCUCUCUCUCCCUGCGCUCUCUCAGUGUGAACCGCUAUUUGUUCUGACUGCGCCAAACCUGCUACGGGUGGGCUGUGAGGAGAAAGUGUUUGUGGAAGCGCAGGAGUACACAGGAGGAAGCCUCAGCGUCAUAAUCAGGGUGAUGGAUUUCCCUGGCAAGUACCGAAACCUGUUCUCCAAAACAGUGACCCUGAGCGAAGAGAACAGUUUCCAGGCUCUGCAAGAAAUUCUGAUCUCUGAUGUUUUUGAAGAAGAAACACUCAGGAAACAGUAUGUCUACCUACAAGCAAUAUUUCCCCAGAAGAAACUGGAAAAGCCCAUUCAGGUCUCCUUCCAGUCUGGAUAUAUAUUUGCACAAACUGACAAAACCAUCUACUCUCCACUGGACAGAGUUAAUUACAGGGUGUUUGCUUUGGAUGCUGCUCUGAAGCCAACAAGAAAUCUUGUUUCUGUGGACAUCAUGACUCCUGAUGGAAACAUUGUCGGGAGAGAAAUCAUUUCUCCUAACAAUGGGAUCAGCUCACAACAGUACAGACUCCCAGAGACCAGCAGUGUUGGGACAUGGAAGAUGGUAUCCAGAUUCAAAAACAACCUGCAGAACUUUACCUAUGAGUUUGAGGUCAAAGAAUAUGUUAAGCCAAAUAUUGAAGUCACGCUGACACCAGAGAAGAAAUUCUUCUAUAUCGAUGAAACAGAACUGUCUGUUGAGGUAGCUGCAAGGUGCCUGUAUGGAGAGGAUGUUUCAGGGAAGGCGUUUGUGGUUUUUGGCGUGCUGACAGAGGAUGGUGAGAAGAAGAGUAUUCCUGCCUCUCUGCAGAGAGUGAACAUUGACUCAGGAAAGGGAAAGGCCAAGCUAACAAGAGAGCAAAUCCUAACGACCUUCCCAGACAUUAGACAGCUGGUCAAGCUGUCCCUGUAUGUGUCUGUCAGCGUCCUGACAGACAGUGGCAGUGAAAUGGUGGAGGGAGAGAGAAGGGGCAUCCAGAUAGUGACCUCACCCUACACCAUCCACUUCAAGAAGACCCCCUCCUAUUUUAAACAAGGAAUGCCUUUUGAUGUCAGGGUCUACGUCACAAAUGUGGACAACACCCCUGUGAAGUUUAUUGAGCUGGAGGUGACACCUGGGCCCAUUUUUGGCCGCACACAGGCAAAUGGGGAGGCAAGGUUUCUAAUCAACACCCAACAGGGGGCUUCCCCACUCCCGAUCACGGUGAAGACGAAGGCACCGGCUCUGACCAAUGAGAGACAGGCUGUGGCGCAUAUGACAGCCCUACCAUACAGGACGCAGGGCAGCUCCAAAAAUGACCUGUACAUCAGCAUCAAGAACAGUGAUCUUCAUAUUGGGGGCAGCUUGUCCGUCUACCUCACCCUUGUGAACAGUCCCAGUGUUCAAGCCCAGAUAAAGCAUAUUACAUACCUGCUAAUGAGCAAAGGGCAGCUCAUUCGUGCAGGGAGAUAUAAAGCACUGCACGGACAGUCACUAAUUGCCUUACAUGAGCGAGUGACCAAAGACAUGGUUCCCUCUUUCCGAAUUGUGGCGUACUACCAUGUGGGCACGGAAGUGGUGUCGGACUCCAUCUGGGUGGACGUUAAGGACAUCUGCAUGGGAACGCUUGAAGUCACCUCCACUAAACCGAAAGAUGUCUAUGAGCCGGGUAAGCUCUUCAGCUUGACCAUCACCGGUGACCCUGGGGCAAAGGUGGGCCUGGUGGCCGUGGACAAGGGUGUCUAUGUCCUGAACAAUAAGAACAGACUGACACAGGCCAAGAUCUGGGACAUCGUUGAAAAGCACGAUACUGGCUGUACGCCUGGGAGUGGCGCUGAAAGCAUGGGCGUUUUGUAUGAUGCUGGGCUGGCGUUUGAAUCCAGCGCUGGUGGGACCAGAUCCCGAUCAGACCCCAACUGUCCCAUCCAUCCUAAGAGUCGAAGACGGCGCUCCCUAGGUGAAGAGGAUGACGAAUACGUUAGCAACAGUGAUAUCAUUUCCCGCGUACUGUUCGCUGAGAGUUGGUUAUGGGAGGUGAUUCAUCUGCCAGAGUGUCCCCUUGAAAAUAGAGAAUGCAAGUCCACAUCAGUCACAAAGAGGAGUGUCCUGAGGGACUCAAUCACCACCUGGGAAAUCACCGCUAUCAGUCUGUCCGAGACUCACGGAAUCUGUGUGGCUGAUCCCUUUGAGAUAAAGGUGAGAAAGAACUUCUUCAUCGACCUGAAGCUGCCCUAUGCCGCAGUGCGUAAUGAGCAGUUGGAAAUUAAGGCGGUGCUUUACAACUACCUUGAGGAAAAUAUAAAGGUUCGAGUGGAGCUGAUGGAGACUGAGCAGGUGUGCAGCGCGGCCAGUAAGAAGAGGAAGUACCGCCUGGCCGAGGUGGACAUGGACCCCAUGUCCUCACGUGCUGUCUCGUUUGUCAUCAUCCCGAUGGCCCUGGGUUUGCACUCCAUUGAGGUUAAAGCCGCCGUCCACGACUCCAUCCAAACAGACGGUGUCAAGAAGGACCUUCAUGUGGUGGCUGAGGGACUCCAAACCAGACGGGUUGUGACAGUACCCUUGAAUCCGUCCAACUACGGUGGGGUUCAGAUACAGAAUAUCAGUGUUGUGCAGCCGAUAUCUCAGGUCCCAGGCUCACCUAGUUACACCUACAUAAGUGUGACAGGUGAGCUGCCGAGGCCGACCAAUCAGAAAGCCAUCAGUGGUUCCCCCAUGGGUCACCUUAUAGCUCAGCCUAACGGUAAUGCUGAGACUAUCAUGAUAGGCAUCACAGGACCCGUCAUCACCACACACUACCUGGACAAAACCAACCAAUGGGAGAAAGUGGGAUUAGAGCAUCGGGCCGAAGCCAUCAACUUCAUUGAAAUGGGGUACACUAAGUUGCUGGAAUACCGGAACAAUGAGGGUGCAUUCAGCAUUUGGAAAGACACGAAUCCCAGCUCUUGGCUGGUGGCGUACAUACUCAAAGUAUUUAGGCUGACACACAAUCUUAUCAAAAUUGAUGAGGAUGUACUGUGCAGAGCUUUCAAGUGGCUAGUCCUGAAGACACAGCAGCCAGAUGGCAUUUUCAAAGAGGUUGGCCGUGUCUACCAAGGAGAAAUGGUGGGCGGUAUACAGGGGAAAGACAGUGAUGUCUCGCUGACAGCAUUCAUCCUCGUCGCCAUGCAGGAGGCCCGUCACAUCUGUGUGGAGGAAGUAAAUAGCCUGCAAGUCAGCAUGAAGAAAGCCAGCGAGUUCCUAUCUGGCAGGAUCCACAGCCUGACCAACCCCUACGCCGUGGCCCUCACUGCCUACGCUCUGGCCAAUGAGGGAAAUCAUCAGCUAGACAUCCUGAACCGCUUCUCAUCUGGACAAACACACUGGCCAGUCUCCGACAGUCACAUGUUCACUCUGGAGGCCACAGGCUAUGCUUUGAUGGUCCUAGUCCAGGCCAAGGAGUUUGACCAGGCUGGUCGUGUGGUCGAGUGGCUGACCGAGCAAAAGUUCUAUGGUGGUGGCCCCGGGUCUACCCAGGCCACCAUCAUAGUUUUCCAGGCUGUGGCUAUGUACGUAACAGAAAUAUCCGAUACGAAAGACACUGAACUGCAAGUGCGUUUGACCAUGAGGAACUGGAGGAGGCCCAUCCUUUGGAUGUUUGCUGGGAAUGCUGCUCACAUCACUCGCACACACAAGGUUCAGCCUGACGUAAAUGUGACUGUCACUGCAACGGGAACAGGCGAAGGGACCCUUUUGGUGAUGACGAUAUACAACAGUUUGCCUGAGGAAAAGGAACCAGAGUGUAGGAACUUUGAAUUGGAGGUGAAGCUAAAGAAGGAACCACAUGCUACUGAUGAAAAUGUUCUGGAAACAUACAAGCUCACAAUUGAUAUGACAUACCUAUCCGACAGAGAUGCCACCAUGUCUAUUCUGGAUAUCACCUUGCUCACAGGCUUCAUUGUAGAUAAGAAGGACCUCGAGAUGUUAACUGCAGGAAAGGACCAAUACGUCAAGAAGAUUGAGAUGAACACACAGCUUUCAGAGAAGGGCUCCCUUACUCUUUACAUGGACAAGGUGUGCAAAUGUAUUCCCCUGACCUUGAUGAAAAAGCGCUCGCAUUUGGUCUGCCUACACUUGUUGCAUUUGGCUUGUUGUUGCGUGACUGACAAAGUCUUUUGCUACCUCCUUUUUUCUACCUCCCCCCCCCCCCUCUCUCUCCUUCCACAGGUUUCCCAUCAGCUGCCUGACAGAGUGGCCUUCAGGAUACAUAAGAUAUACAAUGUGGGUCUGCUUCAGCCAGCUGCAGUUACUCUGUAUGAGUAUUACUCCAUGGAAAACCGCUGUAUGAAGUUUUAUCACCCGGAGAAGAAGAACGGGACCCUGAACAGGAUCUGCCAUGAGGAUGUGUGCCGCUGUGCAGAAGAAAACUGCAGCUACCAGAGGAAACAGGGAGCUGAAGAAAUGGACCGUGUGACUACUGCCUGUUCAGCUGGCAUGGAUUACGUGUAUAAAGUCAGAGUGGUCAGCGCUGCACUGACUUACACCAUCGACCGCUUCACUGUCCUUGUGGAGGAUGUCAUCAAAGAAGGCACUGACUCGGCGGUAAAGGGGAAACAGCGUACAUUUAUGGCCCAUCCCUAUUGCAGAGAGAGUAUAGCUCUAAGAGAAGGAAAAACCUACCUGAUCAUGGGCAAGUCUGACGACCUCAUCAAAGAUAAAGACGGGAUGAUGUACAUUCUGGGUGAAGGAACCUGGAUUGAAUACUGGCCGACCGAGCCAGAGUGUCAGCAGCCAGCAUUCCGUGAAACCUGUCUGAGCAUUGUUGGAGAUACAACCAAUCUAUUGAUGUUUGGAUGCCCCAUCUAAACCCUGCUCUGUUGUUUCUGAAUCUUUAUUUUGUAUGGUGACUUGUGCAAACUUUUUACUUCUGCACAGCUGAAAAUGUGAGGACUCAACACAAAAACAGCUAUUUCUAUAAAAUGGUAAAACGUGUAUAAAUGUCAUGAAAUAGAAACAGAUAAUCAGCUUUUGUCUCAAUUUAUCUUUUGAUCUCAAAUCCAAAUGCCUGAAGAAUAAAGUAUAGCAAAACUGA